CGUAAACAAAUCUAUGAUCCCUUACUCAAAAAACCAAGAAAUUAAAAGGCCUUGUUAUCUCCGAACUGGUUCUUUAUUUUAUUAAAUCAUGAAGGCAAUCAUUCAAAAAUUAAAAAUGCUUAAAUACGUCGAAGUCACGGCAAGCUGGCUCUUCGCCAACGCCAGAGGCCGCGACGCCAAAACGUUCACAAAGGGCCCCCCGUUCGCCUCAUACCCAGAGCCCACCAUCCAAAUCACAUCUCCCGACUGCGGCGCAAGUCCCGCAACGCUAUCACCAGAGUACAUGGCUGGAGGAGAUGGACGUUUACCCGGGUUGGAGUGGGAUUCAGUGCCGGGCGUGAAGCAGUGGCUGUUAAUAUGUGAAGAUGUCGAUGCGCCGCUGCCAAAUCCCAUUUGUCACGGCAUGUAUCUCGGAAUUUCCAAAGACAAGCUCUCUGUUAUAAACAGUGACUUCAAGCCAGAAGGUGAAAAGUCUACACGACUAAACGGCGGCUUUUACUAUGGCGUCGACGGGGUCUGGAUCCCCCCUCGGCCUCUCCUCAACCAUGGCAUCCAUAGAUAUUUCUUUGACAUCAUCGCUCUAAGUGAACCGUUGGACGAAACACUCGCGGCCUCAAAGCCCACUCGAGAACAGCUCGCGAAGGAAAUUGACGGCAAGGUCUUGGGCUGGGGCCGAUGGGUGGGCCAGUGUGAAAGAGUAUGGAAAUAAGCAGCGACACCACCAUAAGCCUUGGCCGGAUUUGCUUUAUUUUCUUACAUCUUGAUACACCCAGACUUGGCUAAUGCCAACUUAGCCACCCAAGGGCUAUUCAUUCUACAGUAUAAUCAUUUCAUCAAAUGGUCUAUAGGCG